AUGUCCUUGGCAGUCGAUAUGGGCUUGAUGCUAGUUGCAACCUCGAAUGACACCUUGGUCUACGCAAUAGAGCAAGGCAAGUCUCUGGUGGCGCGUGUGUUCCCUUUGACGAUGUCAAAACUGCUGCCCAUUGCUGCACAUGAUCAUAUUGCUCCGUCGCAACACAGGCGGGACUCCCAAAAGGAAGCGGAUGCCAACGACUAA